UCUCUUGUACUUGUAGUAAAUAAAAUAAAUAAAUAAAUAAAAUCUUUGAUUUGAGAGUCCAAGAAAGAAAGUGAAGAAAGAAGACCCCUUUAAUCUGGUAUUUUCUUCUUCUUCAUCUUCUUCUUCAUCUUCUUCUUCCUUCUCUCUCUAAAGAUCAAAGCUUUGUCUCUCCUGACCACAACCACCACCAUGCCCAGCCACACCCCACUCCGGCAAACCCCAUCAUCAUCUUCUUUCUCAUCAUCUUCAUCCCAUUCCUUCACUUCCAAGCUUCUCCUUCUUCUAACCCUUCUCCCUCUCACUCUCGCUGCCUUAGCUUUCGUCCUCCAAUGGCGUGGUGGGGUCACCGAUCCCACCACCCGUUGGGCCCCACCUGGCUCUGAGAAGCUCUUUCCCGGCAUGGAAGCUUCUCCCAUCUCAGCUGUCUCUCACUCUGCUCACUCCGAUUGUCUCAAGCUUGGAAGGAGUUCUUCACCAUCUUUUCCGUACGGUCACGAUUGGAAGUUUGAUUAUGGAUCUAAUCUCAAACCUAAGAUAUGUAUCACAACAAGUACAUCAGCUGGCUUAGAACAGAUUCUACCAUGGAUGUUUUACCAUAAGGUUCUUGGGGUUACUACAUUUUUCCUUUUUGUGGAAGGAAAGGCUGCAACUCCUGAAGUUUCGAAAGUUCUGAAGUCCAUUCCUGGAGUAAAAGUGAUAUACAGAACAAAAGAGCUAGAGGAGAAACAAGCUAAAAGUCGGAUAUGGAAUGAGACAUGGCUUUCGAGUUUCUUUUACAAGCCUUGCAAUUAUGAACUAUUCGUGAAGCAAUCGCUCAACAUGGAAAUGGCUAUUGUCAUGGCAAGGGAUGCUGGUAUGGACUGGAUACUUCAUCUUGAUACCGAUGAGUUAAUACACCCUGCUGGUGCUCGGGAGUAUUCUUUGAGACAAUUGCUGCUUGAUGUGCCCAAAAAUGUCGAUAUGGUUAUAUUUCCCAACUAUGAAAGCAGUGUCGAACGAGAUGAUAUUAAGGAACCUUUCACCGAGGUAUCGAUGUUCAAGAGAAACUAUGACCAUCUCCCGAAAGAUACAUACUUUGGAAUGUACAAAGAAUCAACUCGUGGCAAUCCUAACUACUUUUUGACUUACGGCAAUGGAAAAUCAGUUGCUCGAGUUCAAGAUCAUCUUCGUCCUAAUGGAGCACACAGAUGGCAUAAUUAUAUGAAAACUCCAAAUGAGAUCAAAUUAGAAGAAGCUGCUGUUCUUCACUAUACUUAUGCCAAGUUUUCAGACUUGACUUCUAGACGUGAUCGAUGUGGCUGCAAACCAACAAGGGAGGAUGUGAAAAGAUGCUUUAUGCUCGAAUUCGACCGAACUGCAUUUAUAAUUGCGUCAACUGCAACCGAGGAAGAAAUGAUGAACUGGUACCAUGAACAUAUUGUAUGGGAUGACAAAGACCUUAAAAUGAAACUGCUGAGAAAAGGCAUCUUGACUCGCAUAUAUGCUCCCAUGGUCAUAAUUCAAGGUCUACGAGAAUCUGGUGUCUUUAGCUCGGUUAUAGCAUCAUCGGCUUCAUCAAAUAUCUCAAAGGAGAAGUUUUUAACUACCAUUGGUAGUACUAGCAGCAACUCAACCCGAGCUGUUGCCUCUGAAUCUCUUCCAUCAAGGAAGAUAGGUAAAAUCAGAAAGAAUCAAGCCACUGUGAGGAAGGUCUUAACGAUCGAAAAUGCUGCUUCUGCUUCAUAUCAAGAAGCAGCUGUUCCUCCAUUGUCUCCCCCUUCAAGUGAUGAUGUUGACCAUUUCACCAUCAUGGAAGCUUGAAAGCGAUGUUGUUAGUGCAACGGUUGCUCUCUGAUCGUGUUUUUCUCGAUGGGGAGAGCUAUAGGAGAGUAGAGUUGUUGUUGGGGGCUGCGUUCGCAGUUGGUUCUUCCCGAUCAGUAUCCAAGCGGUGGUGUAAAAAACUAAGAAUUUUAGGAAGAGAGAUUAUUUUGUCAAGCUUUGACUUGAAAACCAUAACUACAAGUUGUGGUGAUUUUUUUUUUCUUCUUUUUGUGUAUAGAAAACCACAGUGUUGAGAUAUCAUUUUUCUAUGUUAUUUUUGGCCUUUUUGUAAAAAAAGAAGAAGAAAA